GCCGCCGCAAUCGGUCAGUGAACAGGUUCGCGCGUGAAGUCUGUUCAUAGUUUACAUUGCCUUCUUCCUCGUAAUUUCGGGCAAUCCAACGCCAAUAUCGUUUUGUCGUGUUAUGUUCAUCGUGAGAUGCGUUUUGCGAAUAUUUCUUGGUGUGUGAAAUCGAUCGUGCGUUGUGUUUGGUCUCUUGAAUCGGAUGGUGAAAGCCGCUCUCCAUCUUGAUGAAAUUGAAACUCCGGUCUCUUGUCGAGUCGUUUUCGUGUGCCCUGCGUUUGGGUGACUCUUUUCGUCGUUCAAUUAGUGCAAUUCUCGGGAGUGCGUGGUUUUCGAUAUCUUUUCGCGGGAUUCGGUGUUCUAUUCCAUGUGAUCACCUGUUGAAUCGUGAAUGAAAAUCGUUUCCAAGCGCGAGGUUGCAAUGGCGACCACCCAAGUUUCGAACCUUCUCGUUUCCUUUCGUGCCGUGCGAGUACUUUUUGUGUGUUAUUCGUCGUGUUGGUUCGGAAAAGAGAGACUAUCCUUUUUCUUUCCAGAUAUGAAUAUAAGUUCUCGGUUUCGUGUUUUUAUUAUUUACGCGUAAUUCCAUCGAGUGUUAUCGUCAUCGAAAAGGAAAUGUCGGAUGUCAGUUCUUUUGGUCAAAAUCACAAACUUUUUGAUGCUGGUCUUCGCGGCUUUGGUCCUGGAUUGUCAGAAAUCUGUGCUGUGAGCUGCAACCCCGACGCAAGGAUUGAUUGCUGCGAGCCUCUGAUAAGGUGCUGAAACCGUUCAUCCCUAUGAAAACCAAUCUUAGGAUUUUUGGUGGAUCGUGGCAUUUGGCGGCCUGAAAUGGGUUCCCGGGACCGUGAGGCGCCCGGCGCGCCCCACCCCCGCCUCGCGCUAGCUCCGCCGCCGCCGCCGUCGUCACCGCCCUUCUCAUGAUAUAAAAACCACUUCCGGCGAGGACUCGAACCUUUGACCUUUCCAUCCCCGUGACCAUCAACCCGAGCGACAGUGUCAAGCCUCCUUUCCAGCUGAGCAUCUCCGUCGAAAAUGGGGCACGAGACACAGCACAUUGACUGCGGGUAGUGUCGAAUCUCUUCGGGACCUCGGGAGUGCGGACCUUUUCGGACCUUGGAUUUUUCUGUGCGUGACUUUUUCGGGAAUGUGCGAGGGGAGUGCGGGCGUCCGGUGGGGAGAGUGAAGGGGCGAAUUCGCGGGGGAUGGAGGGUAGGGGGAUGAAGGCUGUGGGGUCAGAGGAAGCCCCAGCAGCCGGGCUGAGGCUUGUCUCGCUUUCGGUUUUCGCGACGGUAGCGGGGGCGCGGUAAGGGGUUGAUUCCGCGAGAGCACGCUGUGUCUGUCGCGAUGCCGGGCGGACGGAGGGGGCUAGUGGCGCCACAAAACACCUUCUUGGAAAAUAUCAUCCGACGCUCCAGCUCACAACCUGAUAGUAGCUUCUUACUGGCCAAUGCACAAAUCGUGGAUUUUCCAAUCGUUUAUUGCAACGAGUCGUUUUGUAAAAUAUCUGGCUACAACCGAGCGGAGGUGAUGCAAAAAUCGUGUCGGUGCACCUUCAUGUACGGCGAGCUGACGGACAAGGAGACGAUCGCAAGGAUAGACGAAGUGCUCGAGAACCAACUCCACGACCAAUUCGAAAUCCUCCUCUACAAAAAGAACAGCACGCCUCGAGAAACACCACUAUGGCUCCUGCUCCAGAUUGCGCCAAUCAAAAACGAGAGAGACCUUGUUGUCUUGUUCUUGCUGACGUUCCGGGACAUCACAGCGCUCAAACAACCAAUAGAAACGGAGGAUACCAAAGGAGGGGAUCUGUUGGCAGGACUGAGCAAGUUCGCCAAGCUCGCUCGGUCGGUGACCAGGAGUCGCUCCGUCCUCGCAUCCCAGUUCUCCUCCCAUGUUCCGGCCGUCAAGGAUUCCGUCAAGCAGUCCAACUUGGCCCACAUGAUGAGUUUGAACGCGGACGUGAUGCCUCAAUACCGACAAGAAGCGCCCAAGACGCCGCCGCAUAUCCUCCUACACUAUUGCGCCUUCAAAGCCAUCUGGGACUGGGUCAUUCUCUGCCUCACCUUCUACACAGCCAUCAUGGUGCCCUACAACGUAGCUUUCAAGAACAAGACCUCGGAGGACGUCUCGCUGCUGGUGGUGGACUCGAUCGUGGACGUGAUCUUCUUCAUCGACAUCGUGCUCAAUUUCCACACGACGUUCGUGGGCCCCGGCGGGGAGGUGGUCUCCGACCCGAAGGUCAUCCGCAUGAACUACCUCAAGUCGUGGUUCGUCAUCGACCUCCUCUCCUGCCUCCCGUACGACGUGUUCAACGCCUUCGACCACGACGAGGACGGCAUUGGGAGUUUAUUCAGCGCCUUGAAGGUUGUGAGACUGCUGAGGCUUGGACGAGUAGUGCGGAAGUUGGAUAGGUAUCUAGAAUAUGGAGCUGCAAUGUUGAUUUUACUGCUGUGUUUCUAUAUGCUGGUUGCUCACUGGUUAGCCUGCAUAUGGUAUUCAAUAGGAAGGUCUGAUGCAGACAAUGGAAUUCAGUACUCUUGGCUGUGGAAAUUAGCAAAUGUUACCCAAUCGCCUUACUCUUAUAUUUGGUCAAAUGACACCAAUGCUCCAGAGCUCAUCAAUGGUCCUUCACGGAAAACGAUGUAUGUGACUGCUCUGUAUUUCACGAUGACUUGCAUGACGAGUGUGGGAUUUGGAAAUGUUGCUGCUGAGACUGACAAUGAAAAAAUUUUUACCAUUUGUAUGAUGAUUAUCGCUGCCUUACUUUAUGCCACUAUUUUCGGUCAUGUGACAACUAUCAUCCAGCAAAUGACAUCCGCAACGGCCAAGUACCAUGAUAUGCUGAAUAACGUUCGGGAAUUCAUGAAACUGCAUGAAGUUCCCAAAGCCUUGUCUGAACGUGUCAUGGACUACGUUGUCUCUACGUGGGCCAUGACGAAAGGUUUAGACACGGACAAGGUCUUGAACUAUUGCCCCAAGGAUAUGAAGGCCGACAUAUGUGUUCAUCUAAAUAGGAAAGUUUUCAACGAGCAUCCAGCAUUUCGACUUGCCAGCGAUGGAUGUUUACGAGCUCUUGCUAUGCAUUUCACCAUGAGUCACUCAGCGCCUGGAGAUUUACUUUAUCACACUGGUGAAUCGAUAGACUCACUUUGCUUUAUUGUCACCGGAUCGUUAGAAGUAAUUCAAGAUGAUGAAGUUGUAGCCAUUCUAGGCAAGGGAGAUGUAUUUGGCGACUCAUUUUGGAAAGACAAUGCUGUUGGCCAGUCUGCUGCAAAUGUCAGAGCUUUGACCUACUGUGAUCUUCAUACUAUUAAGCGUGAUAAGUUACUAGAAGUCUUGGAUUUUUACCAAGCUUUUGCUAAUUCUUUUGCUAGAAACCUCGUUUUAACCUACAAUUUAAGGCAUCGAUUAAUCUUCCGUAAAGUAGCAGAUGUACGUCGAGAAAAGGAGCUAGCUGAGAGGCGGAAGAACGAGCCAAAACUAGAUCAAAAUCAAGACCAUUUAGUUAGGAAAAUAUUUUCAAAAUUUCGUCGUGAUCGAGCUGCGCUUCAGCAACAGCAACCACCUCAAGCAACUCCAUCUCAACCAGGUCAGGGGUCACCUCCGAUUCGGGAUAUCGAGAAAGGUGAAAGUGCUCCUGAAGCAGAUGAGGUGCUUGCCAUUGAAGAUAGCAAAAGCUCAACAAAAACGACUAACGUAGUAGAAAAAGAAGAAAUUAGUGUAAGUAGUUCAAGUGCUUUAAUUCCAGUGACUAGGCCUCCAAGGCCGACAACGGUGCGCGGCUCAAAGUGGGGUCGCGUUCUGGGGAGUAGUGUUGAUUCGGGAAGUGAAACGGUGACGAGUGCGAGCACUAGUGCUGUUUCGAGAACUUUGUCAGUGCGGGAUUCACCAGCCAAGUCAUCUGGUGGAGGCAAUGGGAGUAGCGGUCACGGGAGUGGGAACAAAGUCUUCCCGAAACUCCAGAAAGUUACUGCUGCGUCGUCUGGAGGAAUCCUCAUUCCUCCGCCUGCAAUUACGCGACAGAGCACAGUGGAGGAAAUAGUUGAAUUCGAAGAUAGCGCAAAGCAAAGCCAAAGCGGUACAAAUUUAGCUAAGGUAGAAUUAUACGACAGUGGAAUCAUUAGGAGUAGCGAUCAAAAACUCAAUGAAGCCUCCUCUUCAAACUUAGUGAUCUAUGAGCCACAACCUGCCAGCGUAGACUAUAAAGAAAUCAUGUCGAAUAUUAUGGACUUUAAAGUCGACGUCAAAUUAGAAGUACAAAGACUGAACCAAAAAAUGGGUAGAAUGGAAGAGCUUCUGGGUGAACUGGUGAAUCGGUUGAGCGGCUCUGGUUCAGACACAGCCCAAACACCGACGAAACCUGGCUCGGAAGAAAGCAAAGUGUUAAGGGUUGGUCAUCGGGCUGCUUCUGCGGGGACAGCUAUUUCCUCCCAUGGUGCUCCUCCAGAAAGGCCUGCCACAGCCACAGGAGAGGUGACUGUAAGUACGGGCGUCGGAGGCCAAAUAGCUUUGCGUAAAAGGCGCAGUAAAUCUAGGACAAAACCUGCUGCCCCUUCGAUACCACCUCCUCCUCCCGAACGAACUACUUCCAAAAUUGCCUCGCUCGAGCGUGAAUCAAAAUCGGUUCCAAUUCCAGAGCCAGAGGGUGACACUCGGACGAUACCUCAUUCCGUUUCUGCCUCUGCCUCGGUUGCGACCCCUGCGCGAGUUGAUGAUGAAACGACCACAAGGCCUUAUUCUCGAAGACCUAAAGAGUUUUUCUAGCAGGAAAUAAACUUACUUUUUAAAGUGGUUUUUGCAUACUUUUUAGUAUAACAUGUAAAACUAAGAUGCUAAAUUUUUUUUCCUUUUCUUUUUUAAAUACUCUUCUUCAAUCCUUGAUAGUGUUUUAAAUACAACACUGUUGGUACAAAAGGUUUUGUUUUUAAAGAAAAAUACAAUUUUCAAAGGAAUACAAAUUGAAGUAAUCCAUGACACUGAAGGCUGCUCUCUCUUCUAUCGAUGGCUGAGGAACAGCACUGCCCAUUUACAAACUGACUAGUUUACUGACAAGUUCGCCAUUUUUGUGAGGUUGCAAUUUUUUUUAUACACUGCAACAUCAUUACAACGCUCCCAUGCCAAAUAAGAAGAAACUGAAAACAUCAGCUUGCGUAUUUCAUACUGUAAGUCCCUUUCUCAAUUUCGCCAAAAUUGUCAGUUAAACAGUAUUGUUCUGUAACCAUCCCUAUGUUACCUUCCGUUCCUUAGUACCCAGUGCAGUGGGAUGUUAAUGCAAAAUUUUAUACCUGAAGUAUGAACCUUUUUGCCAGCAGUGUCUACAAUCUUGUAGUCGAUUGCAAUUACGACUGCACAAGAACUCUUUUUUUACUUAUGUAUGGGACCAUUAUUCUAGCUUCGAAAACCUAUCAAUUCGCGAGAAAAUCGAGUCUUUUAAAAUUUCUCUGAAACAAGUUUAACCUUGAAGAAUUCAAAUGAGAAAUGAGGUAGAUUUUACUUGAAAUUUUGAUUAUAUUCCGUUGAUAACUCAAAGCUCACUGGCUUCAGCUUCUAGAAUUCCUCAGUAUUUUUAAUCUUUCCUUUGGCCUAAAAUUUGUUGGUAUACAAUAAUACUAUUGCUCUCUCUGACGGAGGCAGUGCACGCAAGUAGCUAACAGUUCUCUUGUCUAGUUGAAUCAAAUCAGGCUUUAAAUUGAUUUCAAUAUACUCUUCAAUAAAAUAAUUUUUGGUGGCUGAAAUUUAAAAAAAAAUUGAGAUGUAUUAUACCUCAGAGGAGUAUCAAAGGUGCCUCAAAGAUUCUUGCAGCAAUCGUAGCUCUUAAUUCUGUUAUGACUAUGUGCACUCCACGGUUUUUGCCAAAAAGCUGUAGAAUCAUUAUCAUUAGCUGAAUCUUCUCUGUAUUAUGAUUUUUUCGAUUUUACCUCCUGAAUUCAAUAUUUCUCAGUCCAACAAAAUCUCGUUUUUCACCUUACAUUCAUAUUUCAGAUUCUUUUAAAUCAUUGCUUCGGCUCAGAAUUCCAAAUUUCCAUAACAGAUAUUUUUUUUUUAAUUGAAAAGAGAAAAGAAAUAUUUUCACUUGCCGUGUUUAUCAUUUUUAGUUUUUUAUUUCACGUCAAUUCAAUCAAGUAUCUUAAACUGAAACGAAUAAUUAUAAAUUAUGCUGUAAAAAGAAAGCUGUUCAUUCCCUCUGGGUUUUUUUUAUUACUAUUAUUUUGCACUUUAGUGCUUGCUAGCUAUUUUUUUACAGGGCAUUUCAGCAUUUGUUCCAAUUAAUUAAUCUUGAUUGAGCCAUUAAUAUUCUCAUCUGCCAUGCUCCUAUCGUCAGGUCUUCUUUACGAACUGCAGUAUUAUGUGAAAAGCAAUCAAAUCCUCAUGCUCUCCUUCUAAAUAUAAACAGUACCAGAAAAUAUUUGAAUUCACCAUCUCUCCCUAACUCAGUCACGAGUUUCAAUACUUGGUAUGCCACCAUUUUACAAGUAAAUAAUGUGGGUAUUUCACUUGGAAUUCACUCAAUUUUCUUUUCUAUGUUAUUUUUAAUCUUGUAUUUAUUAAAUUUUUUUUAACGGAAGCAUUUUGAACUUACCUCUACUCAUAGUUCUCAUAAUAGAGGAAACAUUUCUAACGGGAACAACAUUGGAGUCGAGCUUCCUCAGUGAAGCAAUUUUUAUUGAUACUUAAUUCAAUUAAUAAAAAUUUAAUUUGAUCAGUAAAAUUCUAAUCUUUUCAGGAGAUGCAUUUUACAAUAUUUCCUCUGCAAUCCUAAAAGUUUUAUAUUUUUAGCUCUUUUUCAAACUCCCUCCCUGCCUGUAAAUGGACGUAAAUUUUUGAUCACCAAAAUUUUUCUCAGCAUCCUAACAUAGCCCAGUUGCAAUUUUCUCUGUCCAUACAGAUGUCACUCAAAAAAGUCGUACAGAUAUCCCCAGUGCUCUCCCAAUUAUCAAUUUCAUUUUUAUCGAAUUUCAAGAAAAAAUAAAGAAUUCUUCCUUAAAACUAUUCGUGUUUUUGGUAAGAAUGUUAUCUCCUCAUGAGGCUCAGAGCUGGAAGUAAUAAUUCCUUUGCCCAAUGCACUCAAAAAACGAAUUGUUAAGGGUGAGGAAUGGAUAAUGCGUCCUCAUUUCCUAAAGCUCUUGCGCUCAUUUUUUUGGCGUUGACCAUUCAGUCUCUGAUUCAACCUUUUUAUUUUAAAAAUAAUGAAAUAUUAUCUAAAGUUUUUUGAGGAGUAGAAUAUUGGGACUCAGAUUGUUUUAAACUCAUCAAUCAUUUGCCUUAGCAUUUAAUGAAAUGCCCAUUUUGACUUACAUCUGUCUGCAACACACAUCAAGUUCAAACAUUUAAAGGAUCUGCAGUGUAAAAAUUAAUUCUUGUAAUUACUUCUUUAAGUGUAAAUAUAUCUAAAAAAAGAUUUUUAUACUGUGUAAAUACGUAAAAAAGUAAGGUCUAGUGAUGAACAUAAUUGUAUUUAUUUCUAUAUUGUAACUGAACUUGAAUGUUUUUAUAUGAACAUUUAUAUCCUUGAUAAAAUAUCCAAGGUACUUCACUUUUAUGAGCAAUAUUUUUUUCCUCUCUCUCUCUUUCAUGUUAUUAUUUAAUUUUUUGCAAAGGUAGUUUUAAAAAGAAAAAAAAGUGAUAAUUCUUUGAAAUUCAGUCUUUACUGUGUAACAUUACUUUAUUUAGAGCGUAAAAUUUUACGAAUUCGUAAAAGCUGUUGGUGCCGACAGCCCCUUUUAUUUUUGUUUGUUAAAUUUUCUUUUUCCUCUGACAAAAUUCAUCUAUUGAUUCACAACUAAAGUACAUCCAUUAACAUACACAAAGGUUCCAUAAAAGAAAAUCAGAAAGCCCAUGCAAAUAAAAUAACUAAAUAUAUGAUGAAAAAUUGCAGGAAAGCUGUAGAAGUCCUAAAAAUCCCUUUAUUUUAAGGUAUAUCAACAUCAAUCAAUCAAUUAUUUUUCGUUUAUUUGAGGAAAAUUAAAACGAAGUAACGUUUUGACAUUAAAAGGAUAUUUCAUUCCCCUUUAUACAAACUUUAUGCCGUUUGGAGGAAGAAGGAUUUGUGGACACUCAGGCUUCCUGAAAAUGAAGGUGCAAGAAAUGCCAAGAGGAAGAGGGGAGGGAAAAAUCCAUAGAGAAGUAAAAUGUUUUCCUAGGAGAGAAAGUAACCACUUGCAUAGAAAGCCACCAUAUAGUAACCACUCAUAGAAGCAAUCAUUUCGAGGAACGCCUCAAGACUCUUUAAGCACUGUAUGAUUAAAUCAAGUCCAUGUCGAAUUUCAAUGGAAGUAAGGAGGCCACCAAGUGCUAUUUAUCAAAUAUUGACUUAAGAAUCUCUGAAAUUAAACUUCAAGUCAGUAAAAUCUGUAAUGCAGCUAGAUUUCCUCAAUAAUCAUGGAUCAAACGUUUUGAAGGGAUGCUGUAUGCUUGUAAUUUGUUCCAAAAAGCAAGACUGAGAAUAUUAGUUAACACUAAAAUAUCAAGGACUUCUGGAGUAGCCUUUGCUGGGCUCAAAGACUAAUUUUAAUUUUUUUACAUCAAGGCAUCCUAGUAAUUUGUAUCCCAAUUUUCUUGUUAAAUUUCAAGUGUACCUCUUGACCUGUGCCCUCAGAGUAUUUCUUUUUCUUUUCUUUGCUAAUAAAUAUAUUCCUGCAUGCAGAAAGAAAGUAUGAACUUGGAGAAAAAUUAUCACAGAAUCUAAGGCCCUCAAGACAAUAUUCUUCUCUAUAAAAAUAUACAAUGAGAGGCUUUUAAAAUCAGACUGGCUACAGUUCUUAAAUCCUGCAUCUUGUAAAAUGAAAGCUGGUGAUUCUAAAAUUAGGAUGAGGUCACUCAAAAUACUGAAAUAAUUGAAUUCUAUCUUUUUUCCUGCUUUUACUCAACUCAAAAUCCCCUCCUCAAUAUUGAUAUUUAGGUUGAAUAAUUAAUUAGGAAUGACAGGUUUUUUUCUAGUCUUCCACGCUUUUAUUUCUUCCGAAUCAAGUGUUUGUUUUAUGUUUGAAAUCUUGUCAACUUGACGAUCUUUUCAAUCAUUUUUCCUCUCACAUGUAUCUUCAGAACUCGCAUGUCAAUGAACGAAGAAUUUUUGUCCAAAUUUUCAGCGUUGCCCUUAGACUUGUCAUGAACAGUUUGAAGUGUCUGUCCCACGCACUAACUCAGGCUCUCAAAUUGGCACUAUUUUUUUAAUAUCUCAGCCAUUCCUGUACAAAAUUCCUUGAAAAUCUCAAUAUCAGAUCUAUUAUGUGUCUUAAGCACAUUGGUCACCUUCAAAGAUCGUUCGCCUGACGAUCUUUGAAAGGCUGCAAUCCAAAGUUCCAUCUAUGAGACUCUUUGGAGCCUCUAGUUUGUGUAUGGGGCAGGCGCUUGUAGUACAUAAUUUUUCUGGAUGAGAAGAGAUGUUAAAACAUAAGUAUUUUUCUUUUUUUGUAUUUUUUUAAUUUAGCUUUUAUGGGCUAAAAUUUUCCUUGUCAUAAAAGCUGUUCUUGACUGAUCGAAUUAAAAAGCAAUUCCAACAGCUAGUCAUUGCAAUUAUUUAUGCAAAUUUACCUUUAGUCAGAAGUAUCAUUUAAAUAUAAUUGGAAACUUCGAAAUGUCAGUCCGUUUUUCUCUGAGCAAAGAAUCGUCUGUUCCGAUAAUAUUUUUUUAAAUCAAGAAUUCUCUGUGUCUGAAUGCAUCUAGGCAUGAUAUAAGUCUCUUUCUCUUAUUUUAAAAUUACGACCAUGCCUCUAAAUUUGGUGAGUUGCUCAUUUUGAUUGCAACCGUCGGAUCAGUUGCUUGAACGAACUGAUUUGUAUCAAACAUAAUGAAUUUGAAGAAGCAUAAAUCGUUCGAUCUUCAGUUUUCAUAUCAGUGUAGAUGUACCGGUUAGAAUUGGAAAAGUUUAAGAAAUAAAUUGAAACAUUCUAAUUAGAGUUCUGUGAUACUGUAUUUGCACCCAAGUGAUUCAGAGUCCUCCUCCUCUCAUCAAGAUUUGUUUAAUAGUCUUUCGAUUAACAAAGUUUGAAUCAGACAUAAAAAAAUCCUCUCUUGCUAUGGAAUCCAAUAAUGAGUAGCCGGAAAGUUGAGAAAUUUUUUGAAUGCAUGCAGUCUUAAGAUAUCAUUGAACUAUCACUGAGCCAACCCUGUAGCAGCUGUGAAGGUAUUCAUGAGGGGUUCAGGGGUUUUCUAAACUUACAGGGUUGACUUCAUAGUCGCUCCUCAAACGCAGAGGCCUCCUCAACCAAUGUAGACAAUUCUUAUGACUUAAGGAAGCCUGCAUGUUUAAGGAGCGACUAUGAAUACAAUCCUAGCUGUAGAAAAUCAUGCUAUCUUAAUUGAGUCUAAUUGUUGCAAGAGGAGGAGAGGUUUCAGUUGAACAUUAUUAUUGCUUUGACUUUCCAAAAUUUGUGCGAUGAAAGUGUGUACUUCGCACAUUGUUUGCAGUCUCUUGGUUGGAAUGUUUAAGCAAACAGUCUGUAUUCAACAAGAUCUCAUGUAUCUACGCUUUUAAGUUUUAUGGGUCUCUAUUCAUGGUUAGGUACCUUACAUUAAGGUAUUUGCUGCUGAACAUCCAAGUGUUACUUCAUAGAAUUUUAAGAAUGCCAAUUCUGUCUAGUUUGAUUGUUUGUUAUUUUGGUUGUAGAAUGUUUAAUUUUUUCUCCUUGUUAUUUGUCUAUGUGAUUUUACUUGAGAUGAAUUAAUAGCACUGUCUGUGAAGCUUUUGCUUACAAAUUAUGUUCCCUUAAAUAUGUUGAUUAAAUAAUUUUUCAGCGCAAAUGAUUUGUUGCGUAAUUAGCAUUAGGUAUCGGCCAGAUUUUACAGAAAAGGCCCAAGUGUUCAUGUGGCUCUAAAAAAAGUAUUCUGUAAAGAGGUGUUAAGUUCUGAUGUCAGUAUCGAUUUAUUCAGACUCCCAAAAAGCCGCUAAUUAUAGUAUGAAUGUAAAGAUUUAUUUACAAUGUUUUUUUUUUGUUUUUGUUUUGUUUUUGUUUUUUUUACUUUUUUCUCUGUAGCCAUGAAACGUUAAUUACAUUGCCACAGAGUGAAAUGGAAGUGACCAUGAAUGAAUGAAAAUUCCCUCUCCCAUUUUUAAAUGGAACUAUAUUUUCAUACUAUGCACUAUGAACUAUAAGCCCAAAUUUUUACACCGUUCAUAAUCUGAAUAAACAAAAGCUCUUCAUUAUUCAGCUAGCAUAAAUAAACCCUCAGUCUUUUUUCUGUUUUACAGCAAAUUGAUACACGCUGCAUUUAAAAAGUAAGAUUAAGUGUUUAAAUGGUGUCAAAGUGUGUUUUAAAUUUACGUGUGCCUUUCUAAAUUUUUAAACGUAGUCUUGGUUUUGAAAUCAAUUUUAAACUAAUUAUGAAUAUUGAGUAUGAGGAUAUUGGGGAGGAAAUGUAUCACCCAUACUUCAUCAUCAGUUCCCAGAAAAUAAUCUACUAAUGUGUGUACACAAGAAGUCCAGCCAUUCUUCAUUUUUUCUUUUUUUAUUACAAUUAUUACCUAUGCUUGCCAUACAGCUUUUUUAAGUUUAAAUUUUUUGUUUUUUGCUUCCUCUUAAAAUGUCCGAAAUUAUAAACGACUCUUAUUCUUUGCCAAAGUAUCACCGUUUCUUCCUCACUCCAAAUUAAUUUGUGCCUUUUACAUCGAGUAUAAUUCAUUUUUACCGUCUUUUUAGAAGCAUCAGAACAACUUGAUUUUUGGAGCCAUCACAGUCAAUUGGUAUUGGCACCUCUUCUUAUUUUGUAUAAUAAUGCAGUGACCAUGCUAGUAGACGGUGUGCCAUGUUCAGAUAGGUCAGACCCUUUUGCAAAACAAAACAAAAACAAUAUUCUUUUUAUUUCAUCGUUUACACUUUGUUUACUAUCAUGUUCACGCUAUUUUUUUUUCUUCAUUUUUUUUUGGAACCAGAGGCAGGUUUUUUUUUAAUGAAUGAAAUAAAUUUUUAACUUUUUACUUUUUACCAACCUUUAUUUUUCCUUUUAUUUUCCUUCUAUUUUAAUGUAAGGCGUUGCAUUUCAUAGAAAACAGGGGAGAUAUGAUGAAGGCAAAAUUCAAAUGACACAUUGACACAUCCAAAAAUUACAAGUCCUCACAUAGCGGAGCUUUCAAAAUCAAAUCAAGGUAAUAAAAAGGAGUAAUUUUCCUAAUUUCUGGUUGAAUCACAGGCAAGCACUGAAAUAUGAAAGAGUGAAAAAAAGGGAAAAUGGAACCAUCAUUGAUCCAUUUGAAUUGAAUAAAUGUCUGUAGAUGUUCAGAUGAAGUACCUAGUUAGCUAAAAAUAUUCGCAGAUCUAUAUCAUCUCAAGUAAAAUUAUGUUUUCUGCUGUGUACCAUAACUCUUCUUUAAAUUGUGAUAGUGCGUUAUGAGCCUAAGUUGUGAAUAGAAACAGUUGUUCUUUGUUUCAAAUUCUCUUCAUCAUCAUUAGGUUUUACCAGUUCUUGUUAACGUUUUAAAAUUUUAAUUUUAUUUUUUUGUCUGUUUUCAAUUUAUUUUAUUUACAUUAUUUUACAUUCCCCACAAAUGAGAAUGUAAUCUGGCUGUUUAUUCCGUUCAGUUUCCAAGUUCAUUCUCAGGUCAGUUUUGCCUCUUUAUCUAGAAACCACCUGUGGUCCUGCGAACAGAAAAUUCGUUGAUUUUCAAGCCUCUUUGUUAUUUUUCGAUUUUGUGAUGAUGAACUUUUCCUUUGGAAGUAAACCGAGCUGUGUAACUGAAAUCGUAUGCAGGGCCUGAAGAAAUGUGAUGCAGAAUUUCCUGCAUCAUCAUCUACUUACUGCCAUCGCAAUUAACAUUUUAAGAACCUAUUUGGUUGUAACACUGAUGUCUCUAUUUAGGUAUUUUUUUUUAAAUAUUUCUCAAGAAAGAAUUUUGCACUCCACUGCUCUCUUUCCCCAAAUUUUUAUUGAUUGGCAAUUUUCUCUUAUGAUAGGUUCUAUAAAUUUGCUUUUGUUCGAUCCAUGAUCCUAUGAGAUCCUGAUCAAUCACAUCAUGUGUUUUUACGAAUAAAAUAUUAAAGACGAAAAAAGAGCGUGUUUAACCAGCAAAUAUUCUAAUUUCAAUCAUACUUUCUCUCUGCAGAACUUGCUUCCAUUGCUCUGAAUAUUUGGUGUGACUUUGUUACAAUAAAAUUUCUUUCGGAUCUAUUCUGAGUUGCAAAUUUUGUCACGUCUUUGUUGCAUCCUAAAGUUAUAUGUACAAUCAAUUGUUUGUUUUGAACGAUUAUCAGCCAACUGGCCUAAAAAUUUCGAAGAAAAAAUCAGCUCAAAGAUCUGUCACAUUCCGCUUAAUGCAUAACCUACCCAUUCUCUAUUUAUUAUUCUGAUGUGCGAUUAUAAUCUUUUCAGAUAUUUUAUGAACACCUUUGUUUUUCAAAUAAAUUUUCAUUUAUUUUAAAGAA